AUGGCUUCCAGCAACAAGAUCUCUCUGAAGCUGCUGGUGGACACCAAGUCGAAGAAGGUCCUGUUCGCGGAGGCCGGCAAGGAGUUCGUGGACUUCGUGUUCAGCCUGCUCACCCUCCCCAUCGGCGCCGUGGUGAAGCUCAUCUCCGCCGGCACCAUGCAGGGGAGCAUCGGCCGGCUGUACCAGAGCGUCGACAACAUCGGCGCGUCCUACCUGCAGCCCAACAAGGACAAGUCGGACCUCCUCCAGCCCAAGGUGCUGCACCCUGACGCACGCGAGCUGCUGCUCCUGCAGGGCGGCGGCAACGGCGACGGCAAGAGCUCGUCGUCGUCGCCGCUGGCGAGGUUCAAGAUGUACACGUGCGCCGGGUACUGCGCCACGGCCACCAUGGAGGCCAAGGCGGCGUGCCCGCAGUGCAAGCAGGCGAUGGCUACGGAGGUCACCUUCGUGCUGCCCUCCGCCGCGCCCAAGGCGUCCUCGGCGUCGGCUUCGGAGGCGGGAGGCUCAGGCGGCGACGAGACCGGCGGGUACGUGAAGGGGCUGGUGACCUACAUGGUCACGGACGGGCUGGAGGUGACGCCCAUGUCGGCCAUCUCCAGCAUCACCCUCAUCAGCAAGUUCAGCGUGAACAAGGACGUGGAGCUGGCCGAGAAGUUCGUCUCCGUCGGCAUGGACGAAGGGCUUGGGCUUCUCAAGGCGGCGCUGCGCUCCGACACCGUGCUGUCUGACGUCUUCAUUGCCAAGAAGAAGUGA